GGCUAUGUUUUCCACCACCCCCCGCGCUCUUAUUUGUGGUGUUGGAGCUAGUGAAAAAUAUUGGGGCGCUCAUCUGUCCCCCAAGACUGGCUCCUAAACGGCGGGGCUUGCUCUUCAGUCUUGGACUCAAGAAAAUAUUUCUCUUACUCGGGGGCUACUAACAUGUUUCCCUGUGAAAUGAAGUGGGCAAGGUUUUCGUGCCACGUGGAGCGCUUAUAAGUCUUAAUGUGAGAUGUUGCGGGGAUCAAGCCGCCUCUGGAAUCAUUCCCUUUGCCCGAAACUUGAAGUAGGUAAUUCUUUAAUCUACCAAAAUGGUUUUAAAGAAGAAGAAAGGGAUUCAGGUUGAUGCCUUUGUUCUUGAUCACCAACAGCUUGAAAGACUUCACUCUUUUGCAGAUGCUGAAGGACAAAACCUAGCCUCUUUGCUGUUGCACUGUGCACUGUUAACUGAUGGUAUCCAGCAAAUCCAUUCUAUCAAGCAGAUUGUGCCUUUACUGGAGAAGAUGGAUAAAAGGUCUUGGUGUGAUCCCAUGGUUAAAAGCUGUUUAGAAAUUUUGGGAGUGAUGUUCUUAUCUCUGGAUAUAAAGAACCCUUUGAAAAGAGUGUUGGCAAGCUCCUUGAACAGCCUUCCUGAACCUCUUGUGGCAGAAGCUAGGCAGAGUUUUGUGUUAUGCCUUAGUGAAGAAUUAAAAACUGCAGACCUGUCUCAGUAUAGAAAGACUAUGGACAAUCUUGCUUCUUGCAUGGAAAAUACCAAUAUAGGUAAAUCGAGUGUGAAUAUCCUGUUCAAAGAAGCUCUUCAAUUUCUGCAGAAAUCGAUACUUGAAAUAGAAGAAGAAAUCAGAAAUCUUAGUGGAAAUCGCAUUGCUCAAACUCGGCUGAUGCAUGAUUUGCUGAUGGGCAUUAAAGUUUCAAUGAUGCUGAUACAAAAAGUUCAAGAAAAUAUUCAGGAAAAUUUGUGGAAGAAAUUAGAUUCUUCUAUUUGGCAAAUUAUGUGUGGGCUACUGAACAGUUUUACAUGCUUCUUAAUUAAUGAAGACCUCUUACAGACUGUCCAGACUACAGCAGGGUUGGCUGUUGUUCUUUUUAUUAAGACUAUGUUUGAACCAGGUGAAAAGCUACCUUGUUUGAUCAGUGACUUGCUGUGCGGUUCACUGAAAUGUUCUGACAUGCCAGAUUGGUUUGUGGAGAGCUGCAGGAGCCUUUGUACUGCUGACCUUUCUGACUCGGUCCUCCUUUUUCUUUGCCAUGGGGCACUUGCCAUGUUAGAGUGGAAGAAUGACAGCAUGGACUGGAAUGCAGAGAAACUGCUGUUGGAUAUUGCCUUGGCUUUGUUGACCUUGAGUACACGGCUAAAAGAAUCUGUUAUGGCGGCAUCUCUGUCCAGAAUUUUAGCUAUGUGGACCAACUCAGCAUUGGAUGCUCUUCAGUCAAGUUCUGAAAACCUGAAGUUCAGUCUCAAUGGAAACUCAGAAACAAUUAGAAAGAUGCUGGAUUAUGUGUAUGCACAUUGGGAACAUCCUCUAGAUGCUGUUAGACACCAGACCAAACAGAUAUUUAAGAAUCUCCUCCAAAUUCACCAGGCCUGUGUGCAAGGGUCUGUUGUAAAACUAGACCCUUUCUUCUCAGGGCUAAUUGACAGCUUGCUAAGUUUAGAAUGGCAUGUUAAAGGCAAAUACUCAUCACUCGGCUAUCUUGUUGAGUGUGUGGGUAUUGAAAAUAUUCUUGCAAUGGACAGGACAAUUCCUGUACAGAUUUUGGGUGUAAUGAAUGAUCAGUCUUUUGCACCUUAUGCAAGUGAUUUAUUGGAAACUAUGUUUGUGAAUCACAAGAAACAUCUUGCAUCCAUGCUGGAAGGAAACACCUGGAUUUACAAUUGGCAUGAGACGUGGGUGUCUCCCCUGCUUUUAAUUUUGUGUGAUGGAAAUCCAGAGCAAGCCACCUAUGUAACAGAUUAUUAUCUGCCAAAGUUGUUGAAAUGCAGCCCUGAAAGCUUGAACCACAUGAUUAAAAUACUCCAUACUUCAGCUGAAUCUAAUGUUGGAUCUUUCAAUACUAGAGGCGCACUUGGAGCCUUGAUGGCAUGCUUGAGAACAGCCAGAGCUCACGGGCACUUACAGUUUAUAGACAUGAUGCAGAGUGGCCUUGUAUCCAUUGGCUGUAUAAAACAAGGCUUAGUUCAUCAACAUGAUCAGGUGCGAACAGAUGCUUUGGGUUUGCUUUGUGAAAGUCACAGGAGCACAGAAAUUAUUUCCAUAGAAGAGAUGCAGCUGAUUCAGUUUUUUAUUAGAUACAACUUGAACAGCCAGUCUCCAGCUGUGAGGCAGCAGAUCUGUUCUCUACUGAAAAAGUUAUUCUGCCGGAUACAUGAGAGCUCCCAGACUGUUCAUAAAAUGCAGCAAAUGAAGUCCAAGCAAGGCCUAAUGAAGCAUUCUGUUAUAUGGAAUCCAUUAAUGACUUUGCAACAGUACAAGGAUUUCAUGUCCUCUCUCUGUGGUAUACUUUUUGGAGCUCUGUUUCCUGGUUCAUCCCACCCAACCAGAUUUACUGCACUGACUCUUUUGGGAUUAAUAGCUGAAACGUUCCCUGUAUCAGAAGCAGGCCAGAGCCAAGAAUUAUUUCAGAUUGCUCAAGAAGUCAACCUUCCUCGCAUUCAGACUCUACUCCACUGUUUUGCUAGCACUUUUGAGGAAGUAAAGAUCUUGGCAUUUGAUCUUCUGACGAACCUUCAUCCUGUCUUGCCUUAUUUCCAGGAUCCUGAGAAACUGCAGCCGUUGUUUCAAGUAGCAAUGCAACUCAGCACAAGUGCCAAGCCCUAUGACUGUGUGACUGCUUCCUAUUUGCUGAACUUCUUAACACAUCAGAAAGGCCUGCGGAAGAGCUGCUUAAGCAACCAUCCACUUCUGGACACAUUUCAGCCAGAUGAGGGCACAUCUGCUGAUCCAGUGGAGGAGAACACGUUGGCUGUUAUCAAAUACUUGUUGAUAAACCUUGAAGAAGAAAUACUGCAAGCAGAUAAAUCAUUACUGCAAGCAGCUGCUUCGUUCCCAAUGUAUGGCAGAGUACAUUGUAUAACAGGAGCUUUUCACCAAUUACCAUUAAAUAAUGUGACCCUGAUUCCUGAAUGGAAAGAGAUGGUGGCAAAGCUUAUUCUGAUGUCCUAUAAGCUCUCUGCUGUAGUAUCUCCAGUAGUUCAGAGCUCAUCACCAGAAGGUCUUAUUCCAAUGGAUACUGACUUGGAUACUGCAGGGCGUUUGCCGUUGAUUCUGCGUGAGAUACAGCCACGUGAUACGAAUGAUUAUUUCACAGAAGCAAAAUUGUUGAAAGAAUGCUGCAGGCUAGACUGUGCCAGUGAGAGAGAUGAAAACAUUUCCAUUGAAAUUAGAGAUGAAGAACGGCAGACAUGUGAUGUAACAGCUCAGAUGGUGCUGGUUUGUUGCUGGCGAAGUAUGAAGGAAAUAUCCUUACUUUUAGGGAAGUUGUGUCAACUUCUGCCUUUACAGGCAUCUCCCAGUUGCCCAGAUGCACUGAUAACAGUAGAGCAGGUGAAAGAUAUUGGGGAGUAUUUCAAGCAUCAACUUCUGAAGUCAAGGCACAGAGGGGCAUUUGAGUUAGCAUAUGCUGGCUUUGUAAAGCUCACUGAAGUACUCUCAAGGUGCAACAAUGAAAGCCUGCACAGGCUGCCACAGCAAUGGCUGUGCAAUGUACUGGAAGAAAUUAAAUCCAGCAAUCCUUCAUCUAAACUGUGUGCCACGAGACGCAGUGCUGGUAUUCCAUUCUACAUACAGGCUCUGCUGGCUUCAGAACCAAAGAAGGGCAAAACAGGCUUGUUAAAAAUGGCAAUGAAAGAGUUGAUAUCUUUAGCUUCACCUUCAAGCACGCCACCAAGCACAGUUCCCCAGGUCCAUGCUUUAAAUAUCUUGAGGGCUUUAUUCAAGGAUACCCACUUAGGAGAAAACAUCAUUCCUUUCGUGGCAGAUGGAAUGCGAGCAGCAAUAUUAGGUUUUACAUCUUCUGUCUGGGCAGUAAGAAAUUCAUCUACACUUCUCUUUAGUACCCUGAUCACAAGAAUAUUUGGAGUUAAAAGAGGAAAGGAUGAGAACUCAAAAAAAAACAGAAUGACAGGGAGGGAGUUCUUCACUCGGUUUCCAAACCUUUAUCCGUUCAUGCUCAGUCAGUUGGAAGCUGUAGCCAGUACAGUGGACAGUGGAACCGGUGAACUGAAGCUCCAUCCAAGUUUGUUCCUUUUGCUUUUGAUCUUGGGUAAGCUGUAUCCCUCACCAAUGGAUGGCACAUAUUCUGCCCUUAACAUGGCACCUUUUACUCAAUUUAUUCUGAGAUGUGGUUACUCUCCUGUGUAUCGUUCACGUGAGUUGGCUGGCCGAGCCCUGGUUCCCUUUAUUAUGCUAAACCAGGUACCACAGACUGUAUCCUCUUUGUUGGCUGAGCUUCCAGAUUGCAAUGAUCCCAUUGUACGACAGAAUGCUAUACACGGAACGCUGCUACAAGUCUUUCACUUGCUGCAGUCCUACUUGGAGUCCGAACACAGGGCUAAUUCAGACUUUCUGCAAGGCCUGAGCAACAUUAUUACUUGUAUUGAAGCUAAGCUGUGGUUGGCUAAGAGGCAAAACCCUUGUUUGGUGACUAGAUCAACAUACCUUGAUGUCCUUGUUCUGCUGAAUAAUUACCUUGGGAAAUCCAAAAUAAAAGGAACAGAGUUGCUCAGAUUUUGGGAGAAAAUAGUCACAAUUAUCCCAGAUUCUGAACUGGCAACGGGUAUCAACCACUCUUCUGCACUGCCAGGACUUCCUAAGUAUCUUCAAAGUAUCACCAAACUCUUCAUAUCUAUGCUUGCAGUAACUUCAUAUCCUGGAUUUACAAACUAUGGGUUACUUGCCAAACAGAAAACGGUAGAGCCUUGUUUGUCAGUUGCACAUCUGCUACAUUCUGAUUUCUAUGAAGUGCGCUUAUUAGUCUUAGAAGCAACUGUAUUGUGGUUGAAGAAAGUACAGUCUAAAUCUAUGAAAGAAGAACAACGAAAAGUUCUAUUGUGCCUACUGUCUGGUUUGGAGGAGAUCAUUCUUAGGAUAGCUGUGAAGGAAAAGAAUCCAGAAUGUUUUUGCAAGGUAUUGGAGGCUCUCCAUCAUAUGGACCCCCAAAAUGUGCUUCCAAAGACAGAAGAUACUUUAAAAAUGAAUCCAAGAGAUUUCUUGCAUUGGGUUUUGAAUGUUGCAGAUGCCUCUAACAGCAUUGACAUUCAAAGUAUAUCCCUUAAAUUUGCCUCAAAGUUGGUCAUCUAUCUUGUACAAAAUUGGCAGGAGGAGGCGAGAUCAGAGAUGAAACAAUGGGUUGAAAUAAUCACUUCUUUUUGUGGAGAUGAACAGCAAACAGAUCUCAAACUGGCUGCAGCAGAGACUCUUGUGAGCAUUACACCAUUUUUUCUGACCAGUCAGAAGCUUCUGUUGGGUCUGUCUGAUACACUUGUGCUUUGGAAGUGUGUUAUUCAGCUGUUGCAGAGUGAAGAGCGGAUAGUAAGAGAUACCGUUGCUGGUGUUAUAAGACAGGCCCAGUCUCAAGAAAAUAUCUCUAGGAAAACAGAGCUUGACUUCCAUGUAGUGAAUGCAACAAUGGCCUUGGAUUUAACAUUUUUUAUACUGUGUGAACUGUUGCAACAGUGGGAGCAGACUAGUGCUGGGGUCUCAAUCUUACUGGAGUGGUUGCUAGGAAAAGAAGAUUUAGAGACGACAACCUCGGUGGAAAAUGACUAUCUAUUUGACAAAGGACAAGCAAACUUUUGGGCUGAGAAGUUAACAAAGGUGCGUCAGCUGAGUAAACACCUCCUGCUCAUACCAGUGACUCACAUCAAUCCGCGUGAUCAAGAAAAGCUGCAUCAGUUGGCAACAUUAGCGUCUGAUCAAGCCAAACUUGUAACACAGCUUCUUAAAGAAAUGCCUCCAACUCCAGAAUUCUCGCAAUCUGUAGAGUUCACAGAGUUAAUUAUUCAGAAUGAAAGAAUAUCCGCUUGCCUUAACAUACUAGGGUUGCUUGAAGCUGGAAAUGACUCUUGUAGAAAACUUUAAAACACGAAUACUAACAAUUGCUGAUUACAGCUUAACUACGUUGUGAACACAGCAUCUAUUUUAUUCUUCGUAAGCGGUGAAGGGUGCUGUUACAGUAAGGCUUAGAUACUUCAUACUUGAAUCUGUGGGAGACUGCUUCUGUGAAUGCGCUUGUUUUCAGCCAAGCUAAGCCAAGUUUUUAUUGCAGCCUUUCUAGGAAGUAAAACGGCUAAACUGUUUCAUUCUAUGCACCAUGUGCUGGCUACCUGCUGAUCUGAUUUGCUGAUUUUAGUCCAUAAGUUAUUCCUGUUCUCUGAUAUUGUAGUACUUGAUUUCAUAUUCCUUUUUUCACUGUGUAUCAGGAGCUAUGCAGACAAAUGUUAAAGUUUUAAAAGAAGCCCAAAAUAAAUAAAGCUGGCUUCUGUCAUUUCCAAUCUGGACUUCAGAAUUCAAAACUUAGUACACCUUUUUAAAAGCAUUCUUUCCCUUUGUAGCCAUGAAUACCAGUUUUUCCACAUGUUAACUACUUGAUUACGCUUGCAGUUUAGGUAAUUCAGUAUUAGAAUACUACAAUUUGUACUAUUAGCACAAAAGCUGAGAUUUCUGUUCAUCUUUUAAGUGAAAAUUAUGGUCGCAAAAUAAAACAUGGUCAGGAACGAAACCGUUCAGUACUACCUAACCACAGAGGUUAGUCUGGAAAAAAAAGGUUCCCAUCCUAUAUAUUCUUCAGUAGCAUUUGCAUCAUAGAAAUUUCCUUUAGAGAUGAAUCAAAAUUGAUUGCACCCUCUUAAAUAAUGUCAUGAUUUUAAUGUACUUCACUGUUAAUUUUACAUUAAAUGUUUUGUACUGAGUAAUAUUGCCUCACUGAAAAUAUUUUUUU